CCACCUCACCGACUCCAUAGCAGUCGGCCAUUUUACCGUCGCCAUGCUCUUUCUAUCAGAAUCGCACUCUCUUUCUGGGCCUCACAUUCGCAACGAGAUCUCAUCAUGGUCGGAGAACCCAACGAAGCCAUCCAAGGCUACCGCCACCCCUUUCUCAACGGCAGCCAGUAUCUCGACGGCGUAGGCGACAAACCAAGAACACGUACUGACCUCGCUCUCUCGUUGCUGUCCGCUAGCCUCCGUCGCAAGCGGAACUGGUGGGAAUCCUACCACGAUCCUGGGACGCGUGCUCUCUGGGCCGAGGAGGCGAGAGCGAGGAAGUGGACCGUGCACACGUCGAUCAAUGCGUACGACGAGGAGAUUUCCGAUCAUCAGAUUGAAUACGUCCUGGACGAGCUCGAGGGAUAUGAUAAACUUAGAGAUCUCGUACAUGGGUGCCAAGUAUCGUGUUUCGAACGGAUCUGGGAGUCCGACGCGUCCCUCGACGCGUCCUCUCUUACGCGUCUAAACGACGAGCUGUCCUCCAUCUCGUCUCAGCUCAGCCCAGCUUCCGCAUCCCAGCACGCCCAAGUCUCGCUCAUCGAUCCCUUCCGCAACCCCCUCAUCUACGACAAGACGCUCGUCCGGCCCGCCGAGCACCCCGACCAGCAGGCUGAGCACAUGCCCGCCCCCAUAUCCGAGAACUGCGACACCCGCAUCGCGCACGCGAUCGCCCAAUCCUACGCUCUCCUCCCAACGCCCUUCUCCAUCGACGCGGCCGGACGCGCAACCGCGCGCUCGUACAUCAGCGACCUCCACCCCGCGCACACGGCGCUGUACACCCUCCUCGCGCAGCUCCUCUCGUCCUGCGUGCCGCUGUUCGAACACGUCCUCACGGACCUGCACCGGCGCAACGCGCUCCCGCAGCGCAUCCGGGGCGUCGCGCGGUACUCGGAGUGGAACGAGCCCGAGUCGCCGGUGCACUCGGACGACGAGCGCAGCUGGGCGGCGUACGAGAGCGAGCGCAGGCGGUGGGUUAUGAGCAGGCCUAUUGACUUGCCGGAUGUGCCUGCGCGGGGGUAUCUAGGGGGGCUGGAGGAGCGGAGGCAUAGGGUGAGGCUGAGGGGCCGGAGUUUGCUGGUGAUCACUGAGGUGUUUGAGAUUAGAUUGGUCCCCAACAGUUCUCGAUGUCCAGCUUCGGAAUGGACCGUCUCGGGCGCGAAGAACGAGAACGUCGUUGCAGUCGCAUACUACGUUGCCUCGACCGAAAACCUACACGGCGGCGCCCUCGAAUUCCGCAUGGCCGUCACCUCCCAGCGCCGCUUCUUCGAAGACGACGCCGGCGCGACGCUGCGCACAUGGGGCAUGGCCAGCGGCGACCCGUGCCACCAGACCAUCGGAUCCGCGCCCGUGCCGCCCGGGCGCUGCGUCGCGUUCCCGAACAUAUACCAGCACCGCCGGGGCGCGCUGGCGCUCGUGGACCCCGCGCGGGCGGGGCGCCAGCGCGUCGUGGUCGUGGCGCUCGUCGAUCCGGACUUGCCGCCCGUCGUGAGCACCGCGCGGGUGCCGCAGCAGCGGGCGCGGUGGGUGAGCGCGGCGUUGUAUGCGGCGGGGAGGUUUCCCGCGGAGCUGUGUGAUCAGAUUGUGGGGGAGAUGGAUAAUGUGCUGACGGAGCGGGAUGUGGAGGAUCAUAGAAUGCUUAUGCGGAACGAGAGGGCGGCGGUCGGGGUGUCCGUCGAUGCGUAUCAUUUCCGUGUGCCCUUCUAGAUCUGUCUUAGCGCCGACGCACGAGUGGUGAAUGGAUUGCAAUAAUAAUAUAUCGCACAAGG